UGACAUUCAGUUGUGUAUAAGCCGCUGACUUCUUUACACGUAUUAUUAUUUAUCAAUAUUAUAUACGUACUAAAAUGCCUUUAAUAAGUCAGUAUAUUUAAUUCAAAAUAUACGAUUGUUAAUAAUCCUGUACAAAUUAAUCAAUCGUUGUUCAGACUGCUUUGAAUCUAAAUUUCCCCCCAACCAAGUCCGGGUUUCUGAUUUACCUUGAACUAAAGGUUUUUACUUUGUUGUUUUUCCUUAUUUUACGAGCCGAGAUGUCUUCGAGCCUGUGUUUAAUUCUUUUUAUUGUUCCUUUGGCGUUAUCAGCGAACAAUUCUAUAGAUUCUGCAACACUGCAAAACGUGUUUGGGAACCCCCCUCCAGCAGGACCGGCAUUAGCUGUUACUCCCAGCAAUGGCACCUUGGUCGACCCUGAUUAUUGGGAUUCAGAUGAUAACUACAUGCCUAAAUUCGACUUUAUGUUGACUAAGCGUUUAGCCUCGAGCUCUAGCGAGAACUUUCUCCUGUCCCCACUGGGCUUAAAGCUGGCGUUGGCUAUCCUCACCGAGGCGGCUACGAGUACCACGCAGACGGAGCUGUCCUCCGUACUCGGCUUCGACCUUGAUAGACUCGUCGUGAGGAGGAAAUUUGCUAUUAUCAUUGACUCUUUGACGUCAAAAUCAUCGCAGUAUAUCCUGAAUUUGGGUAAUAGAAUCUACGUCGACGACUUUGUGGAACCGCGUCAGAGAUUUGCAGCAAUUGCUGAAGAGUUCUACAAAACGGAACUGAAGAAGAUAGACUUCAACGACGCUCCUGCGGCCGCGAAGAGCAUCAACGCUUGGGUCGCUAACAAGACUGAGGGAAACAUACAUAACUUGGUGAAUGAAGAUGACAUCCAGAACGUCGUGGUACUUAUCCUGAACACCAUUUACUUCAAAGGCACGUGGCGUCAUCAGUUCGCACCUAAUGCGACUAAGAAAGGCCCGUUUUACGUGUCUGCCUCGCUACAGAAGCCAAUCUUUUUCAUGAAUGUUAAGGACAAGUUCUAUUACGCCGAGUCUGCGAAAUAUGAUGCAAAAAUCGUCAGAAUGCCGUACUUGGGUAACAAGUUUGCGAUGUAUGUAAUAGUACCGAACUCUUUGACUGGCCUGCCGCGCGUACUUGACGGUUUGAGUAACCUACGCGACGAGCUUAACUACCUCCAGGAGCACGUCGUCGACAUCACGCUACCGAGAUUCAAGUUCGACUACACUUCUUCGCUUGAUGGCGUGCUUAAAGAGCUGGGUAUACGGCAAGCCUUCGAGGAUACGGCGUCAUUCCCAGGUAUUUCGCGAGGGCAAUCCCUACAACAGCGUCUGCGCAUCACCAAAGUUCUACAACGAUCCGGUAUCGAAGUCAACGAACUCGGAAGCAUCGCUUACUCUGCAAGUGAAAUAUCGCUAGACAAUAAAUUUGGGGGAGACUCUGAUAUGGAGCAGGAGGUGGUGGCGAACAAGCCUUUCAUGUUCUUCAUCCAAGACGAAGCGACGCGCCAGUUGUUGUUCACGGGGCGCGUGUCGGACCCUUCGCUGUCAGAUGGGACCUUUAAAUCACCGUAACUCUAACUCGAGGUUCAUCUAUGCAAAAUCGUAUUUAGAGUAUACAAGCUGUAAGAAGUAAAUGAAUAGAUUCUUAAUCUACCUCGACAAUCUUAUUAGAGUCCAUGCCACCCAACAGUAGUAACACGAUAUUGAGUGGUACAAAGGCACACAUAUUAUAGUGUAAUUUGCAUUUGCAUUACUUGAUGAUUGCUUGUGUAACUGAUACCUUUUACAAAAUUUGAAAAUUAACUUAUUAAGGCAAGCAACUUGCAAAUCGCCAUAAAAAGUUGCCGUCUCGUAAUAUCUUAAAGAUCCGAGACGACUUUAUUUUAUUAAACAAAACAAAACGAUUGAUAAGCAAUAUAACACUUGACUACAUUGAAUUACACAACGGUAACUACAUCUAAGUAAAAAAAUACUAAAUCAAUACUUAUAAGUGACAAUAUUUAAUAUAAGAACUUGAUACAAGUUACAUACUGCUACUAUAAAAUUGAGCAUCAUAGUUUCGAAUUAAAUGUCUAUGUACUCAUAGACAUUAUAUAAUAAUAAUGAGUUUAUGUCUAACACAUGGUUUUGCCUCCUAUGCAUGUACGUUAUGAAAUUGCUUUGUAGUGUUGUAGAUUAUUUAAAGUACAAAAACAGUAUCACCUUAGAAUAUUGUGCCAAAACGUAUAAACCUACCACGUAUUAUUUUUGGUUUUUCUCUUUAAAUUUUUUUUGCAGCGCAGAUUUUUUUUCAAAAAAGCUGUUACUACUGCUUAUAUUUUUACUUUUCUGUAUUUUAAUAAUAUUACUUUUUUCUAUUUAUUAAACCAGGUGCCUGUAAUAAAUCUGUUUUAAGAUGCAUACCUAAUUAAUAUAGUUUUCAGCAUUUCUUUCGUAAAACUUUAUAAUUUUUAAGUAAUAACAUUAUUGUCGACAUUGUUUUGAUGUUUAAUUUCUAGAACUCUAUUUUAAUUUAU